AUGGCGGAUAGAAGACUUGCUUCAAGAAGGCAGAGCAGCAACAGCAGCACUGAGCAUCAUCACAAAUCAUCAUCAGAGCAAAAAGACAUAGCAGUGCUUCAACGUCGAACCACCACCACCACUACUACUACUGUUGUAGAAGAAGAAGCAAUGCUAGCACAUCACGAUCGUCGUCGUCGUCAUUCUUCUUCAUCAUCAUCUAGUAGUGAUCAUCACCAUGCACAAAAACCUGUAGAUCAAAACCAUUCCAGAAGAGCUAGUGGUAAAUCUACAGUCUCUUCAUCAUCAUCAUCAUCAUCAUUAUCAAAGCAUGUUAGUGGUAAAUCUACAGUCUCUUCAUCGUCAUCAUUAUCAAAGCAUGUUAGUGGUAAAUCUACAGCCUCGUCGUCAUCCUCGUCGCAGCAGAAUCAAAGCAGUGCAACUCGUGAAAAAGCUGUAAAAGACAAACCCUCGAACAGUACUGGCUCACACCGUCGUCAACAAUUACAGCAGCAGAAGAUGACUGGUUCAAGCUCCGGACAACGUGAACCCAAUAACUCACCAUCGUCGUCGUCGAAGAAAGAAGCUAGCUCUGGAUCAAGACCAGUACAAAAGCAAGUGUCGGAAUUCAAACUUGGCGGCUUCAGCUUAUUUCGAUUAGAAACUACACAUAAUAAGUAA